AAAAAUAAAAAUAAAAAAAUAAAAAUAAAAAUAAAAAAAUAUAUAAAAAAGGCGUACAAACUUUUAUACGUUCGCAAAACUCGAGGCGAAAUGCUAAACGCGUAAAAAUUAAAUCCACCAAAUUGUUUUUUUUUCACGCAUUUUUUGCAAAAAACAUCUUCCCAUUGUGCCAGCAUUCGAUUAUGCCAUCAGUCGAUUAUGCGAUUGUUCCAUCGUGUUGCCACUCCAUCGUUUUAUCGUUUUAUCGUUUCACCGCUUCACCGUUCCAUUUCUCCAUCGCUUAGGCGAUAUUUCUGUCACUUCCCGCAGUUUUUUAUUUUCCCAUUUUCGCGCGGCAACGUAUGAUUGUCGUGCGGCACUGCGGAAAUAAAAAGCGCGCAGCGAAGCGAAGCAAGGAAGGAAGGAAGAAGCUAACAAAAAGCGAACGAACAAACGAACGAACAAACCAACUGCCUACGUUCGAAACAAUUAAAACGUAGAGGUCACUCCCUUGCGUAUGCAUUUGCGUAGCCAUUCGCACGUGAACAAAUUUUAUACGCACGAAAAAAAACAAAAAAAAAAAAAAAAAAAAAAAAAAAUACAAGGUUUUUGCGGCAUGCCCAAAUAAGGAAAAAUCCUUAUCGCGAAAACGAAUCAGCGGAAACAAGCAAAUGAGCAGUUCUCUCCUUCCAAACAAGAAAGGGAAAAAAAAUUCGCGCGUUUUCUCAUCGUACGGGUAGUCAUCACGCUCCAUAGUUUGUACAUUUGAACAUCAAUUUGUUUGCGGUCUGUGGAUCCUUUUUUUUGUUUUUUUGCCCCCCUUUUGUGCUACCUUGAGAGAGGCUCCGCUAUCUGGGUUGCCGGAAGUCUUCCACUUUUUGUCACUGGGCAGGUGUUCGCACACGGGCGCGUUGGAGCGGCCCCGAGCAGCGUCUAGCAUCGUUUAGCAGCGAUAAGCAGCGAUUCGCACCGCCUAGCAGCUAUUAGCAGCGAUUAGCACCGCUCGCCUCGCCUCACCUCCACUCAGCAAAAUGAGCCACCUGAAAAUAAAGCGCGGGAACUUCCUGUUCACGUCCGAGUCGGUGAACGAGGGGCACCCGGACAAAGUCUGCGACCAAAUUUCGGACGCCAUUUUGGACGCCUGCCUGCGGGAGGACCCAGAGAGCAAAGUGGCCUGCGAAGUGUGCGCGAAGAAAAACUUCAUUUUCAUCCUCGGAGAAAUAACAACCAAAGCAAAAGUGGACUACGACAAGGUGGCAAGAGACGUUUUAAAGCACAUAGGAUAUGAUGAUGAGAGCAAAGGGCUGGACUACAAAACGGCAGACAUCAAAAUAUAUAUUGAUGAGCAGUCCCCAGAUAUUGCCCAAUGUGUGCACGAAAAUAAGAAGCCAGAAUUGAUAGGUGCUGGUGAUCAGGGGAUUAUGUUUGGCUAUGCCACUGAUGAAGCUGAGAAUUAUAUGCCACUGACUCAUCACUACGCCACCUUACUAGGAAAACGAUUAACAGAAGUGAGGAAGUUAGGUAUCCUUCCCUAUUUAGGACCAGAUGGAAAGACCCAAAUAACUAUAGAGUAUAAAAAUAAAGGAAGCUUCGGUGGACAUAUGGAACCCCUACGUGUACAUACCAUUUUGAUUUCCACACAGCAUGCAGAAAAUGUAAAAUAUGAGCAGCUGAAAAGUGACUUGAUAGAGAACGUAGUGAAAUACGUCAUCCCGGAAAAGCUACUUGAUGAGGAUACGCUGUACUAUUUAAACCCUUCGGGAAAAUUUGUACUUGGAGGGCCGGCAGCAGAUGCGGGGUUAACGGGAAGGAAAAUUAUUUGUGACACGUAUGGAGGGUGGGGUGCUCAUGGCGGAGGUGCCUUCUCCGGAAAGGACCCAUCGAAAGUAGAUCGCUCAGCUGCGUACUACUUACGUUACAUAGCGAAGUCCCUGGUUGCAAAUAAAUUUUGCAGAAGGGUCCUAGUACAGGCAUCAUACUCCAUAGGAAUUGCUAACCCAAUUUCGUUGAAUGUCAAUUCGUAUGGAACGGCCAGCACAGGAUAUACUGAUUACGACUUGGAACAAAUUAUUUUGCGAAACUUUGAUUUGAGGCCUGGAUUCAUCAUAGAGGAGCUAAAAUUAAAGGAGCCCAUUUUUUCGAACACGUCUGCCUAUGGCCACUUUGGAAGAAGCGACAAUUCGUUCAGCUGGGAGAGGAUAAAGGACCUCACCCAUGAGAAGAACGUGCUCAAGAAUUGAGUUUCGGGCGGUGGUUCCAGCGGAGCCCUAUAAGGCGGCGAGGGGGGCCCUUCCAUGGAGAUUCCUUUGUUGGAGACUCCUUCGGGGAGACCUCAUUGAGAGUGACCCUACCCCUUCCGGGAGACCCCUUCUGUGGAAAAUCCUUCGGGGGAAACCCCUUCUACGGGGACCGCAUCGAGGGAUACCUCAUCGAGUGACCCCUUCUGUGGAGACCGCUUCUCCCCCCCACCCAACAGAAUAAAAAAAAAAAAAAAAAUCACCGAGUUGCCCACACAGAAGUAAACCCCACAUGCAAAACUACCCAUUUAGACACUCGCCGAGAAACAAGCGAAGACAAAAACAUGCUGAACAGCACCAGUUGCGCGCGUGUUUUCCGACUUUUGAUCUUUUGCAAUUAUCCCCGUUUGUAAUUAAUAAGAUUGGAAGUUGCAGCUCCUUUCCCGCCGCAGCUGAAAUGGCAUUUUGGCAGGUGCAAAGUUGGUACCCCCGCGCCUGCGCCGCGCGUUCCGCCGUGUAUAUUCGUACAAACCCAAUUCUGCACACGCACGCGUAAGCAAGCGUCGUUUCAUUUUGCACCCCCUUUUUUUUUUUAUUUCCUUCCCCCCCCCUUCACCUUUAAUUAACACAUGCGCGUGUGUACGUACGUAUGUGAAUGUAUAUGUACAUAUGUGUGUGCCCCAAAAAAAAAAAAAAAAUGUGUUUCCAUCCACAAGGAAAAGAAAAAAAAAAAGAAAAUGCCACUCCUAUGUUUUUGUUUUCGUUGUACUCCCGAAAAAUGUAAUAACAUUUGUGCUAGUAACAACUGUAGCACCAGCAUAUGUUGUUGUAUUUUUCGUAGCCUUCACAUUCGCCUUUUUCACCUUCGCCAUUUACCCCCCCUUUUUCUCCUACCAAUUAGGGUUUAUUUCGUUAGAGUUGCAUGUGUAUAUGCGUGCGUAUAUGCGUGUGUGUGUGCGUGUUUGUGUGUAGGUACGUGCAUGAGCCUACCGAGUCUGCACGUCGGGCUGGGUGCAUUCGCCCGGUGCGCGUAGGCACGUGCAUGAUCGCAUAAAUGGCACGUAAGUGAACGCAUAACUAGGCGCGCAAGUGAGCGCAAAAAUGAGCGCCAAAAAGAGCGCAUACAUAAGCACUUAAAUGAGCACUUAAAUAAGCACUUAAUUGAGCGGGUAAGAAGCUCGUGGAUACGCACCGGUAUAUGGGGAUCCCACGUGAGCUUCGGUUCAGUGUUAGCCAGUCUCCAUCAAAGAAAAAGGACCAAUUGUUAGGCCCCGUUUUGUACGUACACUUGGUUUUUUUCCUUUCUUUUCCUUUCCUUUUUUUUUUCGCUUCAUCCAAGGCGAGGCACUCUGUCGGCUCACGGCAGGGCGGCCCUUCUGUGGAUAACUAUUCACGUUGUCCCCCAAAAGAUGCCGAAAAACAAUUUACCGCUCACUCAAGAGACACGUUUUCCCGUCUGAUACGUCUCCGUUUGUCUGCUCAGUUAGAGUUCCCAUUUUUGUUUUCUUUCUUUCCUCCUCUGCUUUGCCAUAUUGUCUCCAAGGUUGCGACUGCAUCGCUUUGCCUGGCCCCCAAAGAUGCCAAAUAAAAACAAAGCCUCAGGAAUGGCGAGGCGGGGCCUUCUUCUCCACUUUGCACUGUUCUGUUUGUCGCUCGUUGCAAAAUGUAAAGUGCCCAAUGGAGGGUAUGAACAUCUGCAUAGCAGAUUUGUGCAAAGUAAAAUUAACGUCUUGACGUGGUUGACCAACGUGUACGUAGGAGGGACGCCUUGACGCGUUUACGCGUUGCCUCUUUGAGGGGGAGACGACAGAAGUAGACCCACUUGUAGCGAACAGGUGAAUCUUCACAAUGUUGUCUUCCCGUCCGUGUCCGCCUGCCUUCUCCCCCCACAGAAUAUACCCAUCCGAAACGCCCAAAUAUUUUAAAAAGCAUUUGGAUUACCGUAAAGAGAAAGGAAAAGGAAGAAACAGCCGCUUCGACAUGCGCCAAAAAAUGUCGAUGAUGCUUCUACCCCGCUUGAGACUUCCCCCCAUGCAUGCUCAUGCUUCCACUUUUUUUUUUUAUCACCCUAGGAGGGUAGGUGUACAAAAGAGGAGCAGCCGAAGAACGCGCAACAGUAGAGAAGUGUCUACCUUAGCAGAAGCUAAAAUAGCUUAGCAA